AUGGUUCUUCAAGCGCUUCCAACUUUCUGCAUGCAGAUCAUGCUCCUCUAUAAACGGAUAUGGAAGUCGCUGGAGUCAUACGGACCUGAUAAAGUUAGAUACUUCUUGUGGAUGGUUCUGAAUGGAUGUCUUAAGACGAAUGCUAGAAGACACCGGACUGGAGAAACAAGAAAAACUAAUGCCUACAAGGAUAACUUGUUUGAUCGUUUAGCAAUACGCCAUCUUUCAAAAAGCGUUCAGGAAGCCACAGGACUUAGUAACAACAAGAGAGGGUAUGAAAGCUUGGUGGAGGCAGCUACUGUGGCUAAACACAAAUUUGACCCAAUUCAGCAGCAAGGGGUUAUCAUCCAAGCUCUUGAGAGAGCCUUUCCUAAGCUAAUACUUUCAUUCAUAAAGGAUGAAAGGGACAGAGAUAAAAGGGUGAUACUUGGGGUAAUUGAAGAAUAA